UGUAGUCCGGCAGGCUCCUCAAGCCGAGUCCCGUGUCGAUCACCACGUCCUGGUGGGAGCCGCGCAGCAGCCAUAUGUUAGCCCGGUUCUGCGACUGGUAGAACCGUUCCUGGAUCCAGUAGAGUCCGUCUCCGAGCGACUUACGCGGCCGCUGACACGCCCGUGGAGGAGGAGAGCGCUGUGAUUGGACCAAAGGGCGGAAGAGGAAAAAAAAUUCACGACGGCGACCAUUGGCUGAAAAUUCACUUACGUCACACAAUGGGAGGGAAGUCAAAGCCAGUCUGCCACAUGCGGACUGAGAGUGAGUUACCGGUGCGUUAGCAAAGCUUCAAAUCAGGUAGUUUUACGACCUAAUGUGGGCACUACUAACAAACUAGCGCUUAAAAUUAAAGGCCGUGUAGUGUUGAGCUGGCUUGACAACUCUUAACGCUCUCUUUAGUAAGUAUAACCGUUUAUACUACUUGGGGAGCGUGAGCGUGGGGCUGCCCACGAUCACGUCAUACGUUGUUGUAGUGUGUGUGUAAAGAGAGUUUGCAGCCAUGGCGGGGAAGGGGCGCGGCGGGGCCGCCUUCACCUUCAACAUCGAUGCACUGGGCAUCGGCCGGGGCAGCAUGCCAGAAGCCAGGGUGGGGCCCGAGCCUCUCUAUCCACCCACAGACUUCAAGCCAGUCCCGCUGAAGGUCGGCGAGGACGAAGACUACAUGCUGGCUCUGAAACAGGAGAUGAGGGGAACCAUGCAACGGAAGCCUCUCAUCAAGUUUCAGACCAAUAAGGCAGAUGUGGAGAAAUACACACAGCGAUACUUAAAGCAGAUACAUGAUGACGAAUGGACACCAGAUUGGAAUGUCUUCCCAAAAGAACUGAUGCCACAAAAGAAAACCAGGGUAAAAACAGCGCCAAAGAAGAAAAGGGUGAAGAUAUCCAGCAAAGAUGCAGAAGACGUGUUGACCAAAUUGAAUGUGCUGGAAAAGAAAGAUGGCGACGACAAAUCAGAUGAGGAGCAACCAAAGAACAAAGAGAAUGAGGAAGACGAGGAGGAGAUUGAAGAGGAGGAAUAUGAAGAGGAGGAAGUUGAAGAUAAUGACUACAUUGACAGUUACUUUGAUAACGGAGAAGACUUCGCUGCAGGAAGUGAUGACAAUAUGGAUGGCGAAGCAACAUACUGACUUCUACCUCAACUUGUUACUUUUUAUUAUAGGCCAGACUGAUGCUUUUGUUUACAAAUGAGCCGUGUAAAUGACAAAUGCUCAAAGCGUAUGCACGCUGGCAAUAUUUGAAAAUAGAUUUAUUUUUUGUCUGCAGCCUGUAAGCACAUUUACACAGGUUUAAAGGCACAUACUGUCAGAAUACUUUUCCAGAAUCUACACAAGUGGUGAUGUAAAUGGACUUUUGUAAAAUUAAAAAAAAAAACAAAAAACUCCUCAUUA